AUGCACCAACGUUCGUGCAAAACAUUCAAAAAUUUAAAUAAUUCGAUAAAUUCUCCAAAGGACCCUAACGAAGAUUUCAUCAUUUUGACACCAUCAAACACUACCACCGCAGAAUUACCACAACUAUCACUUCCGCCUCACCAUCGAGCGACUCCAUCGACGUCGUCAGCGGGUGUCGCCGCGGCAGAGAUACCACUACCAUCGUCCCCGCUUCACCAGGUGACAUCUCCGUCGUCGUCAUCGUCAACAAAUACCGUCAUAAAAGAUACUCCACUUCCAGGGAUAAAGUUACCUAAAACAACAACUCAAUGGUCUGAGGCCAACGCAUACUUCCAUUCUCAAAAAUCAGCUCUACCAAACAUCACCGACAUUGAUAACUUCACCAUCAAUUUCCAGUCAUCAAUAUACAACUACUUUGCUUCAACCUACGGCACAAUUAAACAACAAACAAAUUCAACAACAAUAUCCGACAAACCAAUCAACAAACUAAAGAAGGAACUGAAACAACUAAAGCUGCUAGGCCGUAACAACCACAACUUCGACCUUCAAAUUAAAACGCUAAGCAAACAAAUAAGAUCAAGGAUAGCAUCAACAAAACGAAAUAAACUUGAAAAAACACUCAAUAUCACAAACCAACUAAAACACAAAUUUUGGGCAACGUAUGAAAAAUUAUUCAACCCGACGCCUAAUUUGCUACCUCAGUUUGGCGUCGACAAAUGUAAACAAUUUUUCAACAACAUUUUAAACGAUCAAUCUUGCAAUAAACAUUCCCUACCAAAUUGGAUUAAAACAUUACCAAACCCUUCAAUAGCCUGUGAUACCAAUCCUCCCACGUAUAAUGAAAUCUCUUCAAUUAUCCGGAAAUGCAAGUCGAGAGCAUCUCCUUGCCCUUUGGACCAGAUGUCAGUAAUAGUUCUCAAAAAGUGUCCAAUAUUCCGCACAAUCCUUUAUCAGUUACUGGUUGAAUGUUUUCAAACAUUUUACGCACUCAAAACACUCCGCUCACAUGGUCUCAGAGGCACCAAAUUAUUCGACAUCACUGAAUCACUCAUAAUCUCACGUAUCAAAUAUGCAGCUCCCUCCUGGUCUGGUUUUGCUACAUAA